CAGAGGUAGCUGUUGCUGGUUACACCCAAGACCAGUUUCAGAUGUACACAAAGCCAGCUUUGCCUUUGUGGCCCCAGUUGUGUUGUAAGCCAUGAAGUUUUGCUUCAGAUGUGAUGUGUGUCCGGUUUUGCCUUUGCAGUGACUCAUUUUGAGAGGGUCAUGUUGAAGCUGUUUAUGAGCACAGAGAAAUUUAGGUUGGAAGGGACCUCUGGUGGUCAUCUGGUCCAACCUCCUGCACAAAGUGUGUUCUACUAGAUCAGAGGUGCAAGAUGUCUGCCCCAAGGCUGCUAUCUAACAGAACCUCCCAGCAGGCCUUGUCUAACUCUGAUUACACCUGGGAGUAUGAGUACUAUGAGUAUGGACCAGUGUCAUUUGAAGGCCUGAAAGCUCAUAAAUAUUCCAUUGUGAUCGGAUUUUGGGUUGGUCUUGCGGUUUUUGUCAUCUUCAUGUUCUUUGUCCUGACCCUGCUGACAAAGACAGGAGCACCACAUCAAGACAAUGCAGAACCGUCUGAAAAAAGGCUUCGUCUGAACAGCUUUGUGGCAGACUUUGGCAGACCUCUGGAGCCAGAGAGGCUCUUCUCUCAUCAGGCAGCUGAGGAGUCCCAGUCGCUUUUCCAUUUCUGUAUCAAUGAAGUGGAACAUUUGGGCAAAGCGAAACAAAGUCAGAAAGGACCAGGUCUGGAGAGUAAUACCCACUUCCAGGAAGUUCCCAGGACCAGUGGAAUGUUUGAGGAGGACCUAAACUGUCUCAGCAAAUUUAACAUUCCCAACUUCGUGAACACUGAGCAGAACUCUUCGCUCGGAGAGGAUGACCUUCUCAUCGCAGAGCCACCCAUCCUUUUAGAGAGCACAUCCGUCGUGCAGUCUUCCCAUCGCAUCAUGGACUGA